UCAAAUCCAACGGUAACUUAUCGAUCAAAAUGGCCGUUACUCAUAACCUCCUUCCAGUAAUUAUCAACCAAUUCACUGCUCUUCUUCUUCUCGGAUCCUUCAUUUUCUUACUGCUAAAAAUUCGAAGAGGAUCAGGAUCAGGAUCCGCCAAACCCUCCGAUAAAAAUGUGAAAUUACCUCCGUGCCCCCCGAGGCUGCCGGUGAUCGGACACCUCCACCACCUCUCCGGCGGCCUGGCGCACCAAAUGAUGGCGAAAAUGGCGAAGAAGUACGGACCCGUCAUGCGCCUCCAGCUGGGCCAAGUAUCGGCGGUGGUGAUCUCAUCCCGGGAGGCGGCGAAGGAGGUCCUGAAGGUCCAGGACCCCGCCUGCGCAGACAGGCCGGAGAGCAUCGGGACCAACAUCGUGUGGAAGGCAGACAUGGUGUUCAGUCCGUACAACGAUUUCUGGCGCCAAAUGCGGAAGAUUUGCAUCAUGGAGCUGCUGAGCGCUAAGAACGUCAAAUCCUUCGAGUCUGUGCGGCGGGACGAAGUCUCCCGUCUGUUGCAGUCGAUUCGGGCGGCGGCGCUCGCCGGAGAAGCCGUGAACGUGACGGAGAAGGCCGUCGGGUACGCCUCGUCGAUGACGUGUCGGGCGGCGUUCGGAACCGUCGGAGCAGAUAAACGCGACGUGCUUAUAGAUAUGAUGAAGAGGGCGAGCACCAUGGCCGGAGGGUUCGAAUUGGCCGACCUGUUUCCUUCGUCGAAGCUGCUGAAUAUCCUGUGCUGGAACAAGUACAGACUGAAUGGGAUGCGGCGGAAGGUCGACGCCAUUCUCGACGUCAUCGUCGACGAGCACAGGUUGAAGAGGAAAGGCGAGUUCGGCGGGGAAGACACCGUCGACGUUUUGCUUAGGGUUCAGAGCUCCGGCGAAUUUGAGUUCCCGAUUUCUAAUGACAACAUCAAAGGCGUCAUUUACGAUUUGUUCUCGGCGGGAACUGAAACCUCAUCGACGGCGAUGGACUGGGCGAUGGUGGAGCUGAUGAGGUGUCCGCGCGCCAUGGCGAGGCUACAGGCGGAAGUAAGAGAAGCCCUAAAGGGGAAGGAGACAGUUGAAGAAGGCGACCUUCAGAAACUGACAUAUCUAAAAUGGGUGAUCAAAGAAACCCUAAGAAUGCAUCCUCCAGUUUCAUUGAUACCAAGAGCUUGCAGAUCAGACAAUUGUACAGUCGAUGGAUACACAAUUCCCAAGAAUUCGAAAGUGAUCAUCAACGCUUGGUCUUUAGGGAGGGAUCCUAAGUAUUGGGACCAGCCCGACACCUUCAUGCCAGAAAGGUUCGAAAACAGCACUGUAGAUUUUCUUGGGAAUAGCUUGGAGUUCAUUCCAUUUGGGGCUGGAAGAAGAAUAUGUCCUGGGCUUAACUUUGGAUUGGCCAAUUUGGUGGUUCCUUUGUCUCAAUUGAUGUAUCAUUUCGACUGGCACAUGCCUGAAGGAGUGAGUGCUGAUGACAUUGAUCUCACUGAGGAAGAUGGACUUUCGAUCUCGAGGAAGAACCCUCUUUUCUUGGUUCCUACACUCUACAAUGAUGGUGUUUAAGAAGUAAGAAAUAAGUUGUCGUAAGAUAAUAAGUUUUUAUAGGCUCAAGUUAUUUCAUGUGUUUUUUGCUUUUGCCUUAAUAACAAGGGAUGAUCGAUUCGAUCUUUCCCGAAAUAGAGUAGAUAUUAUAAGUUUUGUGAAAUAUAUAUAUAUAUAUAUAUAUGUUCACUUUGUAUUCCAUGGUCUUAAUUUAUGCAUUCCAAUGUUUGCUUAGUUGUUUAAAGAUAAAGGA